AUGUCUUCAAAUUCUGUCCAAAACUCAACCCCACCACCACCACCAACAACAACAUAUGCCUCCCCACCAGUAGCAAUAAUUUUCACUAUCAUCCUCAUUUUAAUUUUCUUCAUAGGUUUUUCCUCUAUUUUCUUUUGUAGGUGUUUCAUCCAAAAUCUAAUGUACACAUGGCAUUUACGAAAUAGCCCUAACGGUACUCCAAUUGACCCUAGGGUUUCAGCAAAUGGACAAUUAGGUCUUGAUCCCUCCAUUAUUAAAUCAUUUCCAACAUUUACCUAUUCAAGUGUAAAAGAUUAUCGUAAAGAAACUUAUGGUCUUGAAUGUGCCAUAUGUUUGGUCGAAUUCGACGACGAUAGCAUGCUCCGCCUCGUAACCUCAUGUAACCACGUUUACCAUCAAGAUUGUAUCGAUCUCUGGCUCGAAUCACACAAGACAUGCCCAGUGUGUCGCGCGAACCUAGACUCACCUGAGGUGCUAAAGAAAAGGUCACAAGUACCGACAACUGUGAAUAACAAUAACAACAACAAUAAUAAUAAUGUCAUGCAUGACAUUAAUGAGGACGAGUCGUUAGAAGAUUCUUUGAGUGUUGUUAUUCAAGAAGACAACAACGAUGAUGAUCAUAAAGAAGAAGAAGAAAGUGGAGUUAAUGAGAACUCGAAAAGGGCUAGUGCAACAUUAGAACGUGUCGAAUUACAAAAUAGAAUAGCAAAAUUUACAAGAUCGCAUUCGACGGGGCAUUCGAUAGAUAGGGCUAGAGGAGCUGAAGAUAGGUUUACAUUGAAAUUACCAGAGCAUGUGAGGGCAAAAAUUAUAAAGGGACAUAAUACAACAAAAAGUUGCACCUGUUUUGGAGAAUACAAAAGCAAAACAACUACUGGAAAUGGUGGUUUUGGUGAAGUUUCAGAGACAUACACCGUAGAUAUCAACAAAUUAGUAUAA